AUGUCUUGCAUAAAAGACGAAGACACAUCGAAGAUCUUCCCAACCCUCAAACACUCGCCAUCGCUGAAAGGCUUCACCCAUCUUGCUAGCGACGGAGUGUACCGCAGUUUUAGCUCGAGUGGCGAGGUGGUAGAUUACAAGCAAUUAAGCCCAACAGAAAUUACAAAGAUGCUGGAGUUCUUCGAAAAACAUACGCACAACUCAGAGAGUUUUCAGGAGUCUAGGAAGAAAUUUGAGGGCGUGGAUGGCAGAAACGUGACCGACUUGGAGCAACUGCUUCACCCAGGACGAGAAAUUCGUCCACUGAGAUUUAGAGAGUGA